AAAGGGACCGAAUGUGAGCUCAUUCAAGACCAGACUUGACCAGCACUGGAGCAGAUGCAGAUACAUUCAGAAGCUAGUGCAUGCCCAGUACUUGCCAACAGUACGUAACAGAGACGUGACCGAUCGCCCAAGCGGCUGACGAGCCGAUCAGUGGUGAAGAGGAUAAAAGUAAAAUGAUGUAUUCCGGUGAGAAACAGAACUCAGGCAGUUUUCAAAGACAUAAAAGGUUCGCAGAUGACUCGGAGGAACACUAUGAAUUUGAAUCCGACAGGAAAACGAAAAAUAUUGAUAGACCAAAUUUUGAAAUGUGGAACUUCAGUAGACAAGGUAAUUUCAAAGAAAAGAAUAAAUGGCAAAAGUGGGAGACCUCCUUGGAAGAUAAGUUUGUAGACGUGCCAAAACCCAACAAACCUCGCAACUACACUAUAAGUAUUGCUGUGCCGGCAUCUAUCCUGGAAGAAACAUGUAUUAAAGAUGAGCUUCGAACAUAUGUUGUGGGCCAAUUAGCAAGAGCUGCCAACAUUUAUUCUGUUGAUGAGAUUGUGGUUUAUGAUGAUGGAUGCUGGCGGAAGAAGUAUUCUGCAGGCACCUCUAGUGUGAGCAGAGAACUAAUGGAAAUGAUGCAGAUGUUGUUGGAGUAUCAGGAGUGCCCCCAGUACCUCAGGAAACACUUAUUUAAGUUCCACCAUUAUCUGAGGAGUGUUGGUGUACUAAAUGCUCUCAACUGUCCCCAUCACUUACGUUUCAAUCAGUGGUGUGAAUACAGGGAAGGUGUGGUUUUGGAGAGAGGCAGUAAGUUGAUGUCUUUCGUGGAUGUUGGUCUUGCUACCAAUGUCUCUAUUGAUCAGAAGCUGGAACCAGGGUUAAGGGUUACUGUUAAGUUGCCUCCUGAAGCACGGGAAAUGCGGAAACCAUUUGGCACUGUUGUGUCACCUGACGAGCCAAGGGUAGAGGCAGGCUAUUACUGGGGCUACAGAGUUAGAGUGGCACACUCACUUACAGAGGUUUUGACUGGUAGCAGAUUUCCAGAUGGAUAUGACCUCUUGAUUGGGACUUCAGAUAAAGGAGAAGACAUAAAAAAGACAGAAUACCCAACAUUCUCCCAUGCACUCAUUGUGUUUGGAGGAGUAGAGGGACUUGAGGCAGCAGUAGAAGCAGAUUCUGAACUUGAAGCAACAGAACCACUUCAUCUCUUCGAUUUUUAUACCAAUACGUGCCCACUUCAGCAGACUCGCACCAUACGAACAGAGGAGGCUGUACUAAUCAGCCUCUGUGUAUUACAAGACAAAUUAGUGCCCAAGGGGAUAAUGGAACCAAGUAAAGAUGUCCAAAAUUGUGAUUCCAACCUCAAGUCUCAAAAACGAAAAAAGUCGAAAGACCCACAGACUUCAUGAAGAUACUCAAGCCAUCGAGUGAAGGGCAGCUGACCUGAAAUGAAGGAUUGGUUUAAAAUCCAUUUUGUGGCUACCGGUAAGCAUGGAACUAGGCAGCUCGGAGGUCCACCUCACAUGAGUGAGAUAGAGAUAAGACAACCAUUUGUGGUUAAGUUUUAACAGUCAUUGCACAGUUGUGUCUGUGAUGUUAGAGUUAACCUUGUCUCUUCACUCUGUACAUGAAAGAGAUAAACCCAGGACUUCUGAUAUCCCAGUUUAGGGUUUGUGUUGCUUUUUGUAAAAUUUACUGAUCAUUCAAAUUAGUCCUGGUCAUGAACAUCAAGGUCUUCUGGAUCCUAGACUAAUUGCUAAGUGUGCAACACACAAUGUAUUUGCAUGUAUAUAUACUUGACUGGCUAUAAGAUGAAAUAUCAUGAUAAGUGCUAUUUUGUAUAACUAUUUUAACUGUUAUUAUAUUCAUAAGAUGAUAUUUUUUUUUUUUUUUAGACUCGUGCUUGAUAUCAUACAUACUAAUUACACAACAAUAAUUGGCCCAUGGGGCCUUAAGAUCCAUUUAUUGUGGUAAACACUUUAAUAAUACGACUUUAAUAGGGAACCAUCUUAAGAACAUUCCACAGAGUUUCAGCAUACAGUAUUAAUUCUGAAACUUUGAGGAAUAUAUAUACUGUAUAGAAUAUAUUGGCUAAUGCUGUAUCUAGUCAGCUCUUGUUGAGUAGGACAACUUUUAUUAGGGGCUUCUAAGAUUCCUGAGACAGGGCAAACUGUCAGCCAGGGCUAAAAUCAGUUGAUCCACAUGGAUGUUCCAAUCACCCUUUCCUUCCCCUGUAUCACCAACCUCAAAUGAAAUGAAGCCAAACCUACAAAAAAUUAUUCUAAGUAAACUCAUUCAUUUACAUGUGAUAUCACCUGAUUUGUUGUAAACCCCUUGUUAACCAUUCCUGAUUUUUCAACAGGGGUAAAAGACACCUUCUGAUUUAAUAAGUAAAUAAAAGCAUUCACAAAUGUGGUCAACUAGGAACUGACAUGAUUUCAGGCAACUGCUGUACCAAAACCUUUAUUUGAGCCAGAUGAUGCAGUGGGAAGGGAAGGGCAGUAACCCACUCAAUUUGGAUUAUUACACAACUCUUGGAUGACAUUGGGGUCCCUCUCUAAGGACUCAAUGGCCCCAGAGUAAGUUUCCCUAUAUCAUGAGAGUUGCCAAGCUUUGGGCUUUGUCAGAUAAAAAGUUUCCAGGAUUACUUUUCCAUUUUUUUCUUUAUAGGAAUUGUAACAAUCUUGGAUGGCAUCUACUGAAAGAGGACCAUCCACAGAAAAUUUAUAGAAAGUUAUAACAAUACUGUUUAGCUGGUAGUUUUUGAUGAGUCAAAAAUGUAAAAAGUUCACAAGGGCACAGAUGACAGACAGCCAACUACCUGUAUCAAGAUAAUCUACAUGGACUAACGGAGUUUUAGGUAUUGUUCAUCAUUUUAAUUAAUUGUCAUUGAAUCCAUGAAAAUUACUAUGAAAUAUUUUUAUGACUAACCAUUUCCAGUAUUUUCAUGAAUAAAAGUCAGAUAUUA